AUGAGGACCAUACUGCGACAGCUUUAUGCAGAUGUUGACUCGUUUGACUAUUUUGUCAAAGCGGACGAUGACACUUAUAUGAUCGUCGAGAACUUGCGACACGAGCUAUCUCACCACUCACCCAAGGAUCCAUUCAUGACGGGCUAUCGGUGGCCGCUUUUAAUAGCCGGCGGAUACUUCUCUGGUGGUGCGGGAUAUGUGCUGUCACGUGAAGCUCUCAGGCUCAUCGUUGAAAAAGCCAUUGAUAGGCAUCCUAACUGUCCGACAGCUGAUGAGAGUAUGGAGGAUGUAAAGAUGAGUGAGUCUAAGUUUUAUUUAACGCCGACUAUAUUGACAUACACUGUUUAA